CCAAGCAACGGUUGUCUUGACACUGGUCCAGAGAAUGACGUCAUCAGACAUCAGAAGGGUGGGAAGCUUGGAGCAGCAGCCUCCUUUUCCCCUCCAGUAGACCCUAUCAUGGCUGCAACCGAGGGCCAGGACCCAGCAGCACGGCGGCAGCUGAGACCAGGGAGGUGGGGGACCGUGGGAGAGAGUAGAGGCAAGCAGCAAGAGGUGAAAGCAGCAGCCGCUGGAGGACGGAGAUGGAUGACCAGUACUCCACAGGAUCAAUCAGGCACUCGUAGCCACAGCAGAUCAUCUUUCUCCACCCGGCAGCGAGCAGCACAUUACUGCUGCUGCACCACCUUGUCCCUUCCCCCUAUAAACCACAUCACCCCACCGCCUGUAUGGCACCUUUUUGCCAGAUAUAUAGAGAGAGGCAGACUGAGAGAGGAGUCAAAAAGGAAACAUGAGAGUAAAGUGCUGGCUGACCUGGAGCCCCAGCCCAGGUAUGUGGAGGACAGUUUGGUAAGGGUCGUGGGAGGUGAGAUGGCCAAACCCAACUCCUGGCCCUGGCAGAUCUCCCUUCAGUACAAAUCUGGCAGCUACUUCUACCACACAUGCGGAGGAACCCUGAUUGAGAGAGGCUGGGUUAUGACUGCUGCACACUGCGUGGACAGACAGAGGACGUGGCAAGUGGUUCUCGGUGAGCAUGACGUCUACCUCACCAGUGGCGAUGAGCAGGUCCUGGGUGUCCGCAGUGUUUACAUCCACCCCAGAUGGGAUCCCAGAAGAGUGUCUGAAGGGUACGACAUCGCCCUGCUGCGUUUGGCCAAAGAUGCUGUCCUGAACUCUCAUGUCCAGCUGGGCUCUCUGCCUCCAUCCGGCCAGAUUCUGCCCCACAACAACCUUUGCUACAUCACUGGAUGGGGACGCACCUCCACUGGUGGCAGUCUGCCCGCUGAGCUGCAGCAGGCCGUCCUUCCUGUGGUUGGCUACCAGACCUGCUCAAGCUCUAACUGGUGGGGCAGCAUUGUCAAGACCACCAUGGUGUGUGCCGGUGGCGGUGCUGAGUCUGGAUGCAAUGGUGACUCCGGAGGCCCUCUGAACUGUCUGGUUGAUGGAAAAUACUACGUCCACGGUGUCACCAGCUUUGUGUCUUCUUUUGGAUGUAACUAUCCCCAGAAGCCCACUGUCUUCACCCGUGUCUCCGCCUACAUCGAAUGGAUUGACUCAAUCAUGAGCAAUCCAUGAAAAGGAUCCUUUUUUGCAGCUGAAGCUACUCUGAACUGAGCUUGUUCUCUACCUGCAAAAUAACAUGCCUGG